UUAGCAUUCGACUGUUUUCGUGGAGCGCGUGUUGUUUGUAAGCCGGCUGGUACAGCUUGUUUUGUUUUUGGCACGAGUUUUUCCUAGAUCUUGUUAAAAUCUCAUUCUUCUUUCGGUACAAUAGCUGUAUCGAAUAUUCAGCUAAGCGUUUGUAAAAUGUCCUCAGAACAAAAGAUGCAUAUUUCGAUAUCACUUAACCUGGACACUGUGUACGAGUUGGAGACAGCAAUCGAAAACACGGUGAAAUUAAACUACCAUUCAAUAACAAUUCCGGUUGUGCAUCGACGAUUCCAAAGGGAGUUCCUGGAGGAACCGUUGAAGUCCCGUCAUAAUUGUUUCACUCGAUCGGAUUUAUUGCUCACGUCAUCCCAGUGGCUCAACCGAGUGAUCUGCCGGUUAAGCAGUAAUGUAGAUUGUGAUUCCGAAGACGAAACCGUUCGAAAGCACGGAGAAGCAACGAUUCGGCAGGAAAUGUCCUUCGCUGAGCAUUUAGUCCAAAAUGGUUAUAUUAUAAUACGACUUAAAAAUGCAAACUGUGCCAACCUGGCACGAGUUAUUGGUUAUGGACUAAAAGGAGUCCUGCUUGCAGAAUUACCGAUGGCUAGUCCUAAGAACUCCCACAGGAUGUGGAGAAGCGAUUUGAAGGGUGAUCAUGAAUAUAGCGACUCAUGGAGUUGGUGGAAUAAUUUUCGAUCGUAUGCGGAUACUGAUUUUCACAUCAAGGUUGCUUUAGAAUUGACAGCGGAUAUCCCCAAUAAAGAGGAAAUUCAUCGCUGGCUUGGUGAGCCGGUAGAUGCUAUCGUUAUAUCAUCCAACAUAUUUCUAACUAAUUCUAAUAAUUAUCCCGUUCUAUCGAAAGCUCAUCAAGAAUUAUUAGUACUGUUUCAUCGUACAUUCAGCUGCCAUUUCAUAUUGAAAGCCAAUCCGGAGGAUAAACGAUUGGUCCAUUAUUCGGACUACAUUAAAUACAUUUUGCGCAAUAACUACGUUAAGGAUCCUAUGCAAGGCUAUGACGAUUUGUUGGAAGUUCCAUUGCAACCCUUGUAUGAUAACCUGGACAGCUUUACGUACGAGGUCUUUGAGAAAGAUCCCGUUAAAUAUAUUCUGUAUCAGAAUGCUAUUGGAGAGGCUCUCCGUGAUCGCGUUCCAAGGGAUGAAAUUGAAACGCGCAUUUCCAUAGUGAUGGUUGUUGGCGGAGGCCGUGGUCCAUUGGUUCGCGCCGCCCUCAAUGCUUCGGCCAUAAGCAAACGUAAGAUAAAGCUGUACGUAAUUGAGAAGAAUCCAAAUGCGAUCGUCACUUUAAGUGCAUUAAUCGCUGAACUGUGGAAAAAUAAAAAUAUCGAAUUGAUUUCAACUGAUAUGCGGGAGUUCGAACCGCCGGAAAAGGCUGAUAUUCUUGUAUCGGAGUUACUCGGAUCCUUUGGAGACAACGAACUCUCGCCCGAAUGUUUAGAUGGUGCGCAGAAACACUUGAAGCCGGAUGGAAUCAGCAUACCAUGCAAAUCCACCUCAUAUAUAAACCCCUGUAUGACUUCGAAAAUAUACAACCAAAUCCGCUCACUGGAAAAAUGCUCCCACGCUAAAGAGCGCGUUGUCACUUCACGGCACAUGGAGGGCUCAUAUGUGGCCUAUUUGAAGAACGUUUAUCACAUCGAUAACCCGCAAGCGCUGUUCGAGUUUGUCCACCCAAACCAAGACAAGGUUAUUGAUAACUCGCGCUUCCGUUCGGUUCGCUUCAAGGCUUCACUGGAUUGUGUCAUGCACGGAAUCGCCGGUUAUUUCGAUGCCGUUCUGUACAAGGAUAUCACCAUCAGUAUUCAUCCGUUCACGCACACCAAGGGAAUGGGCUCCUGGUUUUCGAUGUUUUUCCCACUGUUUGAGCCGAUGCAGAUCCGGAAGGGGGAGGAAAUCGUUAUCAACUUCUGGAGAUGUGUAGCAUCGCAUAAGGUCUGGUAUGAGUGGAAUGUUGCCGAACCUAGACAGACCCACAUUCACAAUGUUCAAGGGCGAGGACAGCCGAUCUGGAAGUAGGUGGGAAAUUGCUAGUGUAAAAACUUUGAUUGGGUAUUGAAUGAAUUAUUGACAUCGAAAAAAACUUAUCCUGACGACAAUGUAUAAUGCUGACAAUUUUUGGUUUAAUUUCAUCGAUCGUUAUUUUUCGUUAAAUAUUAAGGUUGUUAUAGAGAGAAUAAAAUACGGAACAUUAUUUAAACUAGUAACCACGUUUUGUUGCUAAUAUAUUUCAGAUUGUUUUAAGUCUCAAAGGUCAUUCCUAAACCACCGGGUUAUCCAGAAUGGGAUAGAAUUAGCCAUUUUAAACAAUUUUAAGCGUUGUUUAGUGUUAUAAAAUGGUAAAAUUUAUCCAGACAAAAGAUGCCUAAUAUGAUCUUGAUUGAUUGUGAUUUAGGCGAUUCGCAAAGGGAAGAUCAUUACUAAAAAUAAAAUUUAAAAAUAUGUUUCGUUUGAUAAGUGGCUUUAU